UUGUCUGCUGUCAACACGGUGUGUAAACACCUCCACCUCCAGGCGGCGGGACCGCGCACACUCCCUCCGCUAGCGUGGAAACCGUGAAUGGGAAAAACCUGCGUGAUUGUGACUCCGUGGCCUGGUUCCGGGGACGAGUCCGGGGACGAGUCCGCUAGAGGAGCCGCUGCUCGGUGGUUCGCAGCCCGGAGGACGGAGGCAGCCGAGCGGCCAUGGCAGCAGCCUCCGUGGUGGAGCCCGACCCGGCGGCUGCUUCCCCCGGCGACCAGAGCCCAGACUGGGACCAGUCCCAGCUCCGCAAAUACCCGUUCACCACCAGAGCCAUCCCCCGGCUGUCCCACACCGACCCCCGCGCCGAGCUGCUCAUCGACAACGAGGAACCGGUGGUUUUAACAGACACAAACCUUGUGUAUCCAGCGCUCAAAUGGGACAUUGCAUACUUGCAGGAGAACAUUGGAAAUGGAGACUUCUCUGUUUACACCGCAGAAAACCACAAAUUCCUUUACUACGACGAGAAGAAGAUGGCCAACUAUGAGAACUUUGUCCCCAAGUCACGGCGGCUGGAGAUGAAAUUCUCCGAGUUUGUGGAUAAAAUGCACAAAACAGAGGAAGUGGGUGGAGAGGAGAGAGUUUACCUGCAGCAGACCUUGAAUGACACAGUGGGGAAGAAGAUAGUCGUUGACUUCCUCGGUUUCAACUGGAACUGGAUCAACAAGCAGCAAGCCAAGAGGAACUGGGGACAGCUGACAUCCAACCUGCUGCUCAUCGGCAUGGAGGGGAAUGUGACACCGGCACAUUACGACGAGCAGCAGAACUUCUUUGCACAAAUUAAAGGACAUAAGAGAUGCAUCCUCUUCCCCCCCGACCAGUUUGAGUGUCUCUAUCCGUAUCCUGUGCACCACCCAUGUGACAGACAGAGCCAAGUGGAUUUUGAUAACCCUGAUGUAGAGCAGUUUCCCAGUUUUAAAAAUAUUGUUGGCUAUGAGGCUGUUGUAGGCCCAGGAGAUGUGCUCUACAUUCCCAUGUAUUGGUGGCAUCACAUUGAAUCAUUGUUGAGCGGUGGAGUGACAAUCACUGUAAACUUCUGGUACAAGGGCGCACCCACCCCCAAGAGGAUAGAGUACCCGCUGAGAGCCCAUCAGAAGGUGGCCAUCAUGAGAAACAUCGAGAAGAUGCUGGGAGAAGCUCUUGGAAACCCACAUGAAGUUGGACCCUUACUGAAAACGAUGAUCAAGGGGCGAUAUGACCAGGAUACCAGUUAGAGGCCCCCCCCCCCUUGCACCCACGAAACUGUUAACUUCAGUCCUUUGGAAACCUGUGAAAGUGAGACUGCUGCGUGUGUCAUGCAUCCUGACUGUGGAGCUACGCAUCACUGCAUGGCAAAGAGCCGCCAUCUUGAAAACCAUUCCGCUUGAGUCGUCUCCAAGUGCCAUCGUUUUCGCCAUACGAACGAUUACAGAAGAAACUCCUGCCCAACUCGUAAGAAUUGGCGCCUACUUGAAGAGUUCUUCUUUUUAUUUUUCCUUUGGCCUCAAGUCGAGAUUGUUUUUCUGUGAUGCAGUGUUCCGUCAACACUCAUGUUUCAGGCAGGUGGGUGUUAAGGGUGUUUUUGCUCACCCAGUCAGUAACAGUUGGCUGGAAUCGGUACCUUUUGAGCAACCUCAACAUUUUGACCACUAAUGGAUAAAUCAUAAACUCGGUUGACAUCAGUUAAUGCAGGGCAUUUCUAUACACAUGUAAAAAGAAAACAGUCGUGGCUCGAUUAGUAAAUGUGGAAUGGUCGUAUCACGUUCUCUGUGUUUAUCACGAACUCGUAAAGAUGACAGGUUCUUAUUUAUUAGUUUGAUCUGCAUCAUCUUGAUGCCUGAUAACAAAAUGGUUUCUGUGAGUGAUCAGUGAAGACUCUCUGCUGCAAAGAAGACAGAAAAGAACCAGUAAUGGAAUAUGAUCAAAAACGUGUCGGAGUGCAAACAGAGGAUUUAUAUAUAAGCUGAAGGAAUAUGUGAUGGCUGAUGCUGCUAAAUGAUUUUUCGCCGAGUGUUUGCCUUGUGCUUUAUUUAUGCCCUUGCUUAUUUUUAUGUUUCAAGGAAUUUCUGGACGUGUUUUCCCACAGACCAGUAAUAGGUCAGGAGGCACUGACGAUAAAUUGAAGUACAAUCUGCAAUUUUAGUUGCAAAUGUUAAAUUUAAGACUUACUGUUUUUUGGGAAACUUCAGGUAACUACAGGUGAUGUUUUCUUGAAUAUGAUGAUUUGAACUGUUAUGAGUGUAAAACUGCUUAAAUGGUUCGGUUUACGUUCAAAUGUUAUUCACUGACUGAUCUAGCAGGGCCAUCUGCUGGAAUCUCACUCAUGUAUUCAGCCAUUGCAGUGCAACAUAAAAGCACCAUCUAGUGUUCACGUUUGCAGUUGCAUGUUCAGCUUGAUGUGUCUGGUCCAUGCACUAUACUUCUACAAUACAAAUAUUCUGUGUGUCGCAUUAAAUGCAGCAGAGCUGGGAUUAAAUGACACUGUAAUGUGUAUAAAAGGAUGAAUUCCAGUGGAAAACGUGCACGUGCUCCAAUAAUCACUAUAGAUCCUCAGAAAUUAACUUGACUUCACUUUCCUGCAGCCGCAUUUUCACCUUAAAGAGUCUCGAGAGCCACUCAAAUGUGCCGCUGUGCAGUUUGCACACGCUUUCUCUCAAACUGUUGUGAAAAUGUACAUUAAAUGAAAGGGAAGGAUCAUUUCUUACACCGUGCUGUAUGUGGCAAACCAACAUAAACCAUCAUAUCAUUAUUUUCCUGUGACAUUGUAUGAAUCAGUAAGUGAUGCACUAAAAACAAUAUCAUCCGAGCACUUAAUUCAACAGCAAUACACAGGUUUUCAAUGGUUUGUUCUGAUUAACUUAUUGCUGGUAAUGUGCAGAUAAACACUGCACACUAAUUCAACAGUGCUACUUUCUAUGUAUUUUACGCUACGUGAAACUAAUGUUUCAUCUGUUCUGUUGCUAUGUUACCCCAGUUUACUAUGUGUGCCUUGCUUGACAUGGAAAGGUCACUAAAUGCUGCAAGAUCUUGAUUUCUCUUUUCUUUUUUUUUACAAAAGUGUUUUCACUCUGGAAUUAAACAGCUUUAACAGGUGAGAGUGACAAGAGUUCAUAGAGCUAGUGGCAUGUUUUUGAUUGAUGGCUGCUGACUUUCUGUUUUGAACAUUCUGUUUGUGUUCACCUUGUUCCUCUGAAUAAAGUUUGUUUGCAAAGUU